AAGAAAAUAAAAAUUUACUUCACUAUGUGUUUUAAGCCAUUUGAAAGGAGAACAAUGUUAAGGACUUUUUGGUCACUGUGUUGACAAUGAAGUACCUGGCUGAUGUGCAGCACUCGAGAUGCUGCUUUGGGACUUUUUCUGAAGGUCACAGCGUACCUUGGUGGUAUAAGUGCAAAGGUUGCCUUUGCUUGGUCGAUACAGUAGCAGAAGAUCCAGAGGUUCUGCAAGGAGAUGCUCAAACAUACUAUGAAAAACUCUUGAAGAAAUCAUUGCCCACUCCUGAUGUUUUUUCCAUCCCUGGAGGACAAGAGGUUAAACUUGAAGAUUCCUGUGUGUGUUUUGUCCCCCUCUACCGAAAUAAUCCUACUUGCAAACUGUUGCUGUUAACUGAUCCAAAGGAUAAAGAGACAGUCUUGGCGGUUUAUUUGGGCCGGCGUUGGUGGGCUGUUGAAGACGUGGUGAAGACGGCUGAUCCUGCUAGAGAUGGGCUCCUUUUGGUCCAGACAUUUGCAGAAAGGAUUGUCCUCUUUGUUCUGAACUACAUUAUUUUUGGAAUGCUGGAAGGGAGUUCAGCUAAUGAUGCAUUCUUUCUACCUCACUCUGCCACCGAGUGUGCCAAGAUACUCUGGAGGAACGGUGAGGCUGUUGCCUUUUACUCGGUCAAAAUGAAAGGGAGCCUGUGUGAUGGUACAACCAGUCAGUGUUACUUGCUGCCAGUCUUGGAUACUAUAUUUGUCCGGAGAAAGUGCAGAAGAGGUGGCCUAGGGAUGAAAAUGCUGCAUGAUUUCUGUCAGUCUUUCCUGGCUGAGGAUGCCUUGGGGAUCAGCUGCCCUAUUUCUGCUGCCAUGUAUCAAGUUUGCCAGAAAUUCCUGCAGGUUUAUCCCGAGGAGCAGAAGCGACUGUGGGAGGUGGAAGCACCGGGAGAUUGGAGCCAGCGAGCGAAUAUCUGGCUAAAAAUUCAGAUGGAGUUACUCCCUUCAGGAAAGGCAGCAGUGGGCUCUCAUGUGGAGAAUACUCCAGCCAGUAAACCCAGGCAAUCAGAUGUGGACCAGAUGAAUAAGGGUGUUGAAUGCUUUCCUGGUGCCGGGAGAGGGGCAGGAGAUGCCACAGAGAAAAAAGAUGACACAACAGCAGCAGGGACUCUAAACCCACAAGGUCCUGAAGAAGAGGACUUUGAAAAAGGUGCAGGCAAUACUCGGCAACACAAAGGACUCAGGAAAAGAGCAAACCCUGGGGACUUGGUUGGAGACAAGGCCACCAAGCAAUUUAGAACUACACCAUAAUUGCUGUUUCAGAAAUCAGCAAAUUCAGUAUAGUCUUAAAAAUUGUAAUUGACUAUUCUUAAUUUGUGACACUGCAGAAAUUUCUUCAGGUGAAAAUUGUAAGGAUCAGAUCUUUAGUCCAGUGGCAGAGAAGGCUUUGCAGAGAGAUACUUCAGUGCUGAACAGCAGUAGGGGCCUGAUGAACCUGAAGAGAUCCAGCAACCUGUAAUUCUUAAGUCAAUGCUUUGGAACAAGGAAAGGGAGGAGAUCAGAGGUUGCAUUCACCAUGAUGAGUACAUUUGGGAUGUCGGUAUUCAUUCACCAACACUGGAUUUGUAAAUUAAUAGCUCAGCCUCUCUGGACUGUGGAAUGUUAAAGGUCAGCGACCACGAGAGGAGAAACACUUCAGAGCUCUGUGUGCCCUCUGGCCAACACAGUGGCCUUGGCUUAAUGGCAUUAAUUUCAUGCUGCUUUUAAAGGAUACAGAUGUGCAGCAUACCUUCAAUCCUCCUACCUGGAACCACUAAUCCCGUCCCAGCUUUCUGCAGGGAGCGGGGAGGGAGAAGAGUAAAACCCUUCCUAAAAGGAUUAGUUCCACUGACUAAUUUUCUGAGUUUCUCCUUGCUUGGCAUGUCCCCUCUCCUCCAAGCCUUUGAUAAGUAUCUUAACUAAGAUGCAUUUUGGUAAAUGCUGUCUUCAAGCA